UCUGAAACAGUCUGUGUGUGUAUGUGUUAGUGUCAGGGUGUCAAGAAGCUUGAUUGUACUGCUUAUUUCAUCUCCUCAACACCUCCGUGCCGUUCACUGCUGGAACAAUGAGGAAGCUGAUCUUGGUGGCUGUGAUCCUUCAGCUGGUGAUUACAGUCGACAUAAAUGGAUUCCAGUUUGGAGAUAUCAUUUCUUUCAAACCCAGGUGUAAGACGGUUUUUGGGAAAAGCAUUUACUACCAGCACUAUGCUGUCUAUGUGGGCGACAGACAACUCCCUGGUAAAAAAGACGGGCAGAACAUAUUUGAACGCAUAAACGAGAAGCCUUCCUGUGUUUUCUCUCCACUGGACAUGACUGAGGAGCCUGAGGUGUUCAAUUACCUCGAUGGAUACAAGGACAAGAAAGGAAAGGAGUACAAGGCAGGAACUGAGGCAGAAAUGACCGCGCGCAUCAACAAACGAAAAGCCAAGUGUGGGUGGUAUAAUGUCUUCCUCAACAACUGUGAACACCUUGCUACCUAUGUGCGUUACGGAGUGAGGUUUGCACUGCAGUACAACAUGACUGGUGAAAAACUCUGCAUUAACAACCCCUUCAGAAUCAGUGCAAAAGAUGUGGUGAAGUACGUAAGGGAAAAUGAAGAGUUGCUCUACAAUGUCGCCGGCUUACAAGUAUUCCCUCAAUUAACCCUCUCAGUGUGUCUUGCUCUCUUCUGCAUUUUCCUUAUGUGAUAGUCUGGGGCCAUUAAAGGAAGUGGGGCGAUACAUUCCUUAAUGUAGAACCGGGUCUAACAGCACAGGAGCAUCUGCAUUUUCUACUUUGAUACAAAUGUUUGAGAAAGAAUGUCAACACAGGAUGUUCUCACAUAUUCUCACACAUCAAGCUUUUUUUUGCUCUAUUAUAACCACAGAGCUUCUUCCCAUAACCUUCUUUGUCCUUUCAGUUCUGUCACAACCAGGCCUUUUCUGCUCAGCAACAGAAGUACAUAAGUACCUUCUGGUUCCUCUGUUCAUUAUCUCACUCUUCUGUGAUGUACUGAACCUUCUUUG